UAUUUUAAUUUUAACAUUGGUUAACUGGUAAAUUGGUAAUGGUGGUUUCUUUUUGUUUUUUUCUUUUCCUUUUUUAAUUUUUUGACCCACUCCUCAGGUGAUACCCAAGUAAUAAUAAGAUAAAAAAAAAUAUCUCUCUGGCUGUGAUGUUGUCUAACUCAGUUAGAUUUAAGUAUAAAUGCUGAAAGACAAACUAAACUAAAUUUUCUCAAUUUUGAUGCUCGAUAAGCUGCAACCUAGAGCAGGCCAUUGAUCCUACAUAUAGUAGGUUAUAUCUAUUUGGUUUCAAGAGCCCCUGAUUAAAGUUAUAAUCCACAUUUUUGUGUUUAUUUGCAGUGUUUAUGGGAAUAGGUCCCAGAUCAAACACAUUCAGUUAUGCUGAGCUGAAAAAUGCUACAAAAGACUUCCAUCCGAAAAAUAAGCUAGGAGAGGGGGGCUUUGGGCCAGUUUACAAGGGUACCCUUCUUGAUGGGAGGGUAGUGGCUGUGAAGCAACAACUCUCAGUGGCAUCCCAUCAAGGAAGAAAUCAAUUUGUAACAGAGAUUGCUACCAUAUCUGCAGUCCAACAACGCAACCUUGUCAGAUUAUAUGGAUGCUGCAUUGAAGGAGGGAAGCGUCUCUUGGUCUACGAGUACCUUGAAAACAAAAGCCUUGAUCAAGCCCUCUUUGGGAAGACUUGUUUGAAUCUUGAUUGGCCAACUCGCUAUGAGAUAUGCUUGGGAAUUGCAAGAGGGCUAGCUUAUCUUCAUGAAGAGUCAAGACCUAGGAUUGUACACAGAGAUGUCAAGGCUAGUAAUAUUCUACUUGAUGCUGAGUUAAAUCCCAAAAUUUCAGAUUUUGGUUUGGCCAAGCUUUAUGAUGACAAGAAGACCCACAUUAGCACCAGAGUUGCAGGAACAAUUGGCUCUCUCGCACCAGAGUAUGCUAUGCGUGGACAUCUAACCGAGAAGGCUGAUGUGUUUGGGUUUGUUGUUGUCACUCUAGAGAUCAUUAGUGGGCGGCCAAAUUCUGACUCCAGCUGUCCAGAUAAGAUCUAUCUUCUUGAAUGGGUAUGGAAUCUACAUGAAAAUAGCCACGAUCUUGAACUUGUUGAUCCAAAAUUAAGUGAAUUUGAUGAAGGAGAAGUUCAUCGACUUACAGGAAUAGCCCUGUUAUGCACUCAGACUUCACAUGCACUGUGCCCCUCCAUGUCAUGCGUUGUGGCCUUGCUUUCAGGAGAUAUUGAAGUGAGCACCAUCACAUCCAAACCCAGUUAUUUAACAGAUUGGCAAUUUAAUGAUAUCACCAGUAGCUUUUUGAGUGAGAAUUCUUUGAGGAAGUCAAUGUCAGAGUCAAUUGACAGCCAAUUCAAGACAUCAUCAGAUACUACCGUGGUGAAUGAACCAAACACUUCCACCGAAGAUGUUUCUCAACCAAUGCUCCAUAGUAUCAUUGGAGAAGGAAGGUGACAAUUGGCUUCCAUGUUAACCAAACAUGUAUCAUAAAUGUCUUGUUUUUCUUGCAGUUUCCUACUAGAGGAAGGUACUUUCAUUGUGCAGCCUAUUUGUUGUUUCAAAACUAAAAACAAAAAUUUGUUAUUAAUGUUUCAGAAAAUAUUGAGUAGCCUAUUUCCUUU